GAAACAUACACGUAUGUUGAAGCAGAAGAAGAAGUAAUGGCGGGAAAUUUGACAACACGCAGACAGUUUACUGCCAACUUUUACUAAGGACAAUCUGACUUUUUAUGCUAUUAUAUGCUUUAAAACACUAAAUGGAUAGAUAUGUUUUGUUUGUGUCUCUUUGUCAGACGGAUGACAAACCCUUGGGGGAUUGCAAUUGUCCGCAGCAGAUGAAGGAGAUAUAUGACCAAAUUUUGGACUAUUCCUCCGAAGAAUCUGUGCGAAGAAUCACUGUGCUCCCAGCAUGUCCUCUCAGUGGAAGCCCUUCUCUUCAGAGGUGGUACUUUGCUGUUCAGGCUUGUCAUGGAGCAACCCAAUUUUGCUGCUCAGACUGGGAAGAUUUGGGAGCAGUCUACCAGAGAGCAAACAGUGAAGAGGAGAAGCCAACUGCUUUGGAGAUGUGUGUGGGAUCUCUGAGUCAACAGGAAGAAUCGGACCAAAAGUGCGACCAGGCAACAUUGACAGAGUUGCUUGAGGAGGCUGCAGAAGGACUGCAUACACUCUCAGACAAGCUGCCCCCUCCAGGUAAAGCCUUGUUGGAUGUGCUGGUGUUAGGCUAUACUGCGGAGUGCCCUGCUUUGAAAGACCUGCUUCCACUCCUGGGAGCCCUGAGACACAUGACCUGCUGGCACUCUGCUAAAAUCACUGUCAUCACUCAGCAUACUGCAGGUUGGAGGAAAACGGCAUCAUACCUCAGUGCUGGUCUGGUGGACUCUGCUGAGUUAAGAAGCUGUAUUGACCCCAGUGAAAUGUGGAGAGGAGGCCUGAUGGUCAGAGAGAAGAAGUACAUGUCAGAGCUACGUUUCGAUGGCUUUUGUUUGCGCUCCCCGGUGCAUAACAUAUCGAGGUCCAGUCUACUGCAAGACCCGUCCUCCACUGCAGACUACAAACUACAUUCUGAGGUCUUCCAGUACUACGCACCAGUUUUGGACCUGCUUCAUUUGGUUACUCUGUCAGAUCUGCCCAGCUUCCUGAUGUCCAACACCCUGUUAGAACUAUACCUUUCUGUGGAGUCAGUGAAAAGUAAACUUGUUUUGGACCAGCUUAAGUCAUUGCGUGGAAAGGUAGGAGCUUUGCUCAGCCUGUCCUGCGUUGUUACCCCAAUCGCGCAGACACCAGUGAGCCAAAUCAGCUCCCAGCGCUGGAGAGAGUCUCUAGCCAGGCGACCCAAGUCCUUACACACACCUGAUGUAGAUGUCAAAGGUGAGCAUGCUCACUUCUUCCUGUUGGUCCAGGGCUCAGACAAUUUGGAGGAUGGAGUCUGUACAGUCAGGGUGUUACAUUCCGACAGUCAAAUUAAUGGCGCGGCUGCCAUGGCGACAGUCUCUGGGAUGUUGGGGCAGAAGCUGCUGUCAGCAUCAGAAGGCCUUAGAAACAACAUCUUAUACACUCUGCCCUGCCUCCAAGGAGACGGGCUGCUGAGGAGAGAGAGGAAGGUGGCCCAGGUCCAAGCAUUGGCCCUCCAAGAAUAUAUCAGACAAAAAGAACAAUCUUCAACAUCAAUAAUGUCUGAUAACUUGAAGGCCAUUUUGAGCCUGGCCAAAGAGCAAUUCUUGAUGAUGAGCGAUGCCACUCUGUCCUCGGUCUCCUCUUUGCCUGACAAGGCCAGCACAACUACGAAUAACUCAGCAUUUGAGACAAUGUCCAUGGCACAUUCUAUUUGGUCCGAGAGGAGCGUCCUCAAGAACAUAGAAAACCUGCAGAAAAGACGACAGAAGAGAAGAUAUGGUCUAUUAGGCCCAGGCCCCAGUGACAGCCUUUUGGGUCCUAAAGAUUUUCAGAAAGGUCCCACAACCUCUCUGGACGCCAAAGAUCUUUUGAGACGCUUCACACUUGAUGGCAAGCCAGCAAGCGACCUACAACCACUAGUCCUUGUAAGAGGCCCUAAUGUGUUACAGUUGUCACCAGACUUCUCUCCUAGAAGGGUCAGUCAGAUGUCUUUCAGAAAGGCUUCAGUGUCAAAUUACCACGGCAUAGAAUACUGCCUGGAUAGCCGGCAGUCCUUAGAUCGGGACCAAGCUUUUGUACGGCUCCAGUCCCGUCUCGUUCGCUACGAGACUCAAACCACCUGCUGCAAGGAACCCUCUGCCCUUCCUUUUGCACUCAGCCCCGCCCCUUCACCAGCUGUGAUGUCAGAACCAGGAAGUGUGCCCGAUGGGGAAACUUUGCAGAACGCUGAUGUAGCCCGACUCAAACACAGGUGCCGGGACACAGAUGGUUAUCCACGCAAGCGGCUGGUGAAAUCAGAGAGCAGUGAGUCCCUCUGUUCUCAGAGCAGUGGCAGUAGUGGGACACACCCUGCCAUCAGGUCUCUACGACAACAUGCUGGCAGAUCUCAUUCUGCCUCGUCUUCCAUUUCCUCUUCCUCAGCUGCUCGACGGACUUCUUCAGGUCUGAUCAAUCAGUCUUUUGCUGAGAAGCAUAAAGCACCAGAGCAGAAAAGUAAUCACGAGGUGACAAAUGAUCGAAGUAUCAAGGAGUCGCGCUCCCAGAAACACAAUAGGAUGUUGCAGGAGGUAGUCGCCAAAACACUCAAACACCAUGGGGUCAGAGCCGAGCAUAACUGCUUUGAGGCAUGCAGCAAACGACUGUUUGAUAUCUCCAAAUUCUAUCUCAAGGAUCUGAAGACAUCUCGUGGUCUCCAUGAUGAGAUGAAGAAAGCAGCUGGCAGCAAUGCUAAACAGGUCAUCGACUGGGUGCUGGAGAAGACUUUAAAAAAAAAAUGAUGAUCUGGACACAUUUAAUCCUGUUUUACUUUCAUAUAUUUUCAAAAUGAUUUUAUUCAGCCCUCAUUAUUUAUUUAUUUUUUUAACAUUCCCCCUAAUUCAUUCUGCUUUUUGUGUAUUGCAUAUUCUUUCUUUUAGCCCUUUGUUUUAAUACUUAAUGAAUGUACAUAUUUAAUCAGUUUUAUAUUUGACUAUUUCUUUCUAACAAUAAAGUGUUUUGAUGCCA